AUGAUUUCAAAAAAGCCGCUUCGUAUUGCGGUGGUGCGGAAUGCCAUCUUGGAGGUCGUUGUCACCGAAAGUCAAUCCGGCGGUGAAGUUACUGUAGUCGAGGGGGAGGUCAAAGAGGCGGCUGUCGGGAGGGGCACGGUCGCCCGCGAGGCCUUGGUCACCCAGGAGACGACGACGACAACGCUGGCAUCGAAGGCUGCCGAAGCUGACAAGGUCAUCAUCAAGACAGAGCCCCAGGAACCUGUGAUAUUCAUUGUUGACGAUGUGGAAGAUAUGGCUAUCAAGGAGGAUCCUAGGGAUGAUAAGGUGGACAUGCCUAAGGUUGUGAAGGCGGUGCAGAAGGAGAAGGAGAAGGUGCAAGAGAGGGCGCCAAACACCAGCGGCACCAGCAGCAAUAGCGAGAGCAGCAUUCGCAGGAGCAGCAGCAUCGACGACACAAACAGCACGAUAAACAGCAAGAGUAGCAACGAUGCAAAGGGCAACAUUACAACCAGCAACAACACAAAUAUCAGCAACACGACAAGUACCAACGCGAACAUCAACAAAAUGACAGAGCAGGAUGAGAAUGUAGUAGAGGCGGAGAGAGAGUUGAUGGCAGCAGAGCAAGGAGACGCAGAGGCCCAGUUCCGAGUCGGACUCAUGUACCGGCGAGGCCAGGGGCUCCCACAGAGUAAUGCAAAGUCCAGGAAAUGGUAUCUUCGAGCAGCUGAGCAGGGACACAGUAACGCGCAGUUUAAGCUCGGGAUGUUGCUCGAGAAUGGGGACCUCAACGUUGCAAAGGACCUGGUAACGGCUGUCGAUUGGUACCGUAAGGCCGCGGACCAUGGCAACUCCGAGGCUCAGUUCCGACUCGGCGUACUGUAUGGCAAAGGCACGGGCGUACCACUGGACGACAACAUGGCGCUGUUUUGGUACACGAAGGCGGCCGAACAGGGAGUCGAGUCGGCCCAGCUGGCGGUCGGGAUCCAUUACCACCGGGGCGGAGUUGGAGUCCCUUCGGAUCAUGUCAAAGCUCUGGCAUGGUUCACCAAGGCCGCAGAGAAGGGGAAUGCGGAGGCUCAACAUCUCAUUGGCCUGAGCUACUAUUCUGGCGACCAUAACAUCCGCCGCAACUUUACACAGGCGAAGGAGUGGUUCCUUAAGGCAGCGAACAACGAGCGGGGGGCGCACUCAGGAGCGCUACACGCAGUCGGAUCCUUAUACCGCGAUGGACUCGGAGUUGAGCGGGACUGGGCCAUGGCCAAAGAGUGGUACCUCAAGGCUACGACUGCGGAGCUCAAGAAGGACGAUAAGGAGAUAGCACCGUUCUGGUCUAGUAUCGGGGACUUAUAUUUUCAUGGAGGGCCAGGGAUAGCACAGAAUUACACCGAAGCGAUGACGUGGUUCUUGAAGGCAGCCAAGGCCGGUAAUGCCGAGGCCCAGUACCAGAUCGGUUUGUGUUAUGAGCGAGGGCAACCUUAUGGAGAACGCAACGAGCCUGCGAUGGAGUGUUUUCGGCUGGCUGCUGCGAGCGGGCAUCAUCAGGCACAGGAGAGAGUAAAUCCUCGACCACAGACGCAGGUGCAGAAGCGUCAACAGAGAGCUACUCCUGCAAAGCCGGCAAAGAAACGGAAGGCGGUUUCUCCUGCUGUCCCUGCCGUCGUCGAGGCCAAGAAAUAA